GUCGUUUGUGCGCGUCAUUUGGAUUGUACCAACCUGGGCCCCGGCCUUUGCUGUAUCAUACCUUUCGGCACGUUCGACCCCUCCAAGGACUGCCGAAUUGGCCUGGCGGAAAUGGGGUGUGAAGUGGAGGUAGGCCCGGGCGUGCCAAUUUGGAUACCCUCGGCGGCUUUCACGCACUACAACACUCCGUUGGUGACGGGGGGAGCCGUUCGAGGCUCGGCAGUCUUUUGGACGGGUGGUACGAUGUUUCAGCAUUUUGAGCUGGAUGGGCGUAUGGUUUCGGAGCUCAGCCGGGACGAGCUCCUCCUGUAUCGCUUGGGAAAGGCCGCACGCAUCUCGGAGGGGAUCGCACGCUUCCCAAGGCGCUCUGUAGAAUAA